CAUCCUCUGCACAGGAAGUGGGCUGGCCCUGGGGUUUUAGUCUCUGCCUGCUUGGCCCCAGCAGCCUUCUACUACCUGGGCCGCGGGAGCCAGAGCCCGGCCCUGGGGAGAUGGCUGCGGUCCCAGCAGCGGAGAGAAGCAGAGAGAGCGCAUCGCAGCUCCAUGUCCCAGACAGGGCUCCCUUCCCCAGCCCCCACCCGUGGAUGUGAUGGCGGCUCCGGCUCUGUCCUGCUGCCUGUCCCUCCUCGUCCUCCUCUUGCCCCUGGUCAUCCCUCAGGCAUCUACAUCAGUGAACGGAUUGAGCAUCUCCUCACCUGAUGGGGACAGGAGUGGCGGGCGAACCCUUGAAGGCCAUGGGUGCCCUACAUCCAGCCCCACAAGGCACAUUUUCACGGCAUUUGCUUCCAACAUCACAUGCUUCUAUAAUUCGAGAGCCAACGUCUCCUGCAUCUGGAGCCAUGAGGGGGGCCUGCAGGCCACCACCUGCUACUUGCACAGCCAUCAGCCUAAGAGCUCUGAGGGGGCCCCUCUUUUUCUUCAAAGAGAGGAGCUUUUUCCUACAAAACAGUGGAAACACACCUGUGAGCUGCAACCAGUGAAGCCGGGAUCCUGGGCAUGCAAUCUGGUCCUAGGACCAUCUCCAGAAUCUCAGAAACUGACCAUAGUGGAUGUCAUGAAACUGACAGUGAUGUGCUCUGAAGGCGGGAAGUGGAGGAAGAUGAUGACCCAGGAUAUCAAGCCCUUUGAUUACAUUCGUCUGGUUCCACCCCACUCACUCCAAGUCGUCCACGUAGAGACCCAUAGGUGCAACAUAACCUGGACCGUCUCCCAGGUAUCCCACUACAUCCAAACAGAGGUGCAGUUCGAGGCCCGGACUAGGUCUGCGGGCCACAGCUGGGAGGGCACCCCACUGCUGACCCUCAGGCAGAACCAGCAAUGGAUCUCCCUGGAGAAUCUCGCUCCAGGCAUGGAAUAUGAGCUUCAGGUGCGGGCCAAGCCCCAGCUAGGCAGGCAUGAGGUUUGGAGCCACUGGAGCCAGCCCCUGGCCUUCAGGACGGUCCCUGCAGAAACCAGGAAGACGAUCCCACCUCUCCCUUGGUUGGGCCACAUCGUCUUGGGCGUUGGCAGUUUCGCUGGUCUUGUCCUCUUGGUUUACUUUCUGGGCACCUUCCGGUGCAUCAGGCUAUGGCUGAAGAAGGUUCUGAAGUGUCACAUCCCAGACCCCUCGGAGUUUUUUUCCCAGCUGAGCUCUGAGCAUGGAGGAGAUUUCCAGAAGUGGCUCUCCUCACCCUUCCCCUCGUCCUCCUUCAGCCCCAGUGGUUUGACCCCUGAGAUCUCCCCACUGGAGGUGCUGGACAGGGAUGCCAAGGCCACACAGCUGCUCCUGCUUCAGCAGGACAAGAGCUCGCCAUCCUCAGCUGAGACCAGCGGCCACUCAGUGACCAGCUGCUUCACCAACCAAGGCUACUUCUUCUUCCGCCUCCCGGACGCCCUGGAGAUCGAGGCCUGCCAGGUCUACUUCGCUUAUGACCCCUGUACCGAGGAGCUCGAUGCGGGUGGGCCCAGGGCCCCCGAGGGAGUUCUCCUUCCACCCCUGCCGACUCCACCAGGGGAUGACGAUGCCUACUGCACCUUCCCCCCCGGGGAAGACCUGCUGCUCUUCUCUCCAAGUCUGCUCAGUGGCCCAGGCCCCCCGAACACUGCCCAGCGGGGCACUGGGGCUGGUGAAGAGAGGCUGGCCGCCAGCCCACAGGAGGGAGUCCCUGGAGACUGGACCCCCCAGUCCCUGGGGCCUCCUGCUCUGGAAACCCCUGACCUGGUGGAUCUGCAGUCACCCCCAGAGCAUGAGCUGGGAGAAGCAAGAGAGAAGGUGCCUGGCCCCCAUCCAAGGGAGGGGACCAGCUUCCCCUGGGUCAGCCCUCCCUGGCAAGGCCAAGUCAGGGCCCCCAUUGCCUGCCUGACCCUGAACACCGAUGCCUACCUGUCCCUCCAAGAGCUCCAGGAUCAGGACCCAGCUUACUUGGUGUAG